UUUCUUAUUGUAGAACUCUGAUUGGUAAAAGGAGUAGCGAUCAUGGAAUACUUGAGUCCUUCCAAAAGGCUUUCCAAAAGGCCUAUCGUUGAAUUAAAUGACGAAAUGGAAAUGGUGUAUAAGUUCAAGCUUCUGUUACCAAAUGGCACUAGCGUCGGGUUAACAUUGCAUGAACCAGGAGCUAAGAUGAGUAUGGAUGAGUUCAUUGAUGCUAUUAAACAUGAAUACUUCAGAACAAUUAAUACUACAGACCCUGGGAAGAUGAAACGCAAGGUUUUGUGGCGGAGCAAAGAUAUUUAUAUUGAAGAUUUUUCUGGAUUGAAGUUUAGAAAGAUAAUCCCUUUCAAACAUUUUAAACCAUACAAAUGCCACACCCUAUGGCUUCAUGAUGGGGCUAAUGAAAUUGCUGAUACAUUUGAGAACAUGUGGGAUUUGACACCGGAUACCGAAUUGUUAAAAGAGCUUCCAGACGCAUACACAUUUGAGACUGCUCUUGCGGACCUAAUCGACAACUCAUUGCAAGCAGUAUGGUCGAAUGAACCUAAUGAGAGGAGAUUGGUUAGUGUGACAAUUGAUGACCAGAAGAUUCUGAUAUUCGACACUGGUCCUGGAAUGGAUGGUAGUGAUGAAAAAUCUAUAGUGAAAUGGGGAAAAAUGGGGGCUUCUCUUCACAGGUCAUCUAGAGGACAAGCAGUUGGAGGAAAACCUCCAUAUCUGACGCCUUUCUUCGGAAUGUUUGGUUAUGGAGGCCCUAUUGCAUCGAUGCACUUGGGGGGGUCUGCUUUAGUCUCUUCGAAGACGAAAGAGUCUAAAAAAGUUUAUACUCUACGGCUUGAGAGAGAUGCGUUGCUCAGUAGGUCUGACCAGACUUGGCGGACUGAUGGUGGAUUAAGGAAUGCUUUGGAAGAUGAACUAAAGGAAUCACCACAGUCAAGUUUUACGAAGGUUGAAAUUUUUGAGCCAAAGAUAAGAUGCUUGGAUGCAUUUAAACUUCAAUGCAGGCUGAAGGACAUAUAUUUUCCAUACAUUCAGUGUGAUGAAAUGUCUGCUACUGGGAAGACUGUGAGACCUAUUGAGUUUGAGGUGAAUGGUGAUGAUUUAGCUGAAAUAGAGGGUGGGGAGGUUGCAAUUACAAAUUUGCAUUCCUGUAAUGGACCGGAGUUUGUCAUACAGCUUCGCUUUUCUAUUAGUCAGAGCUCUGCUUCAACAAGUCUUGGUUCAAGGGCCUUGCGAGAAGCUAAUGCACGCUUGAGAUGUGUCUACUUCCCCAUUGUUGAGGGUAAAGAGAACAUUAACAAGAUUUUGGAAAAGCUAGAUGAAGGAUAUGGAAUUGCUGAAGAUUUUCAUACUUUUUGCCGUGUAUCUGUUCGACGGUUAGGCCGUCUACUUCCUGAUGCUCGCUGGGGAAGGCUUCCUUUUAUGGAACCUAAGCAAAAAAAAGGAGAUAAGGCACAGUUAUUGAAGAGGUGUUGCAUGAGAAUAAAGUGCUUUGUGGAGACUGAUGCUGGUUUCAAUCCUACACCUUCAAAGACUGAUCUGGCACAUCAUCAUCCUUAUACCACUGCUUUGAAGAACUUCGGGAACAGAUAUCCUGAGAAAGAGAAUGAUACACAUGUUGAAAUAUAUAGAGGUGCAAAGGCAUUGAGUAUUUUACAGGUUGAAAAAGAAUAUCAGGAUUGGGUAUUUCAAAUGCAUGAUAAAUAUGAUGAGGAAAUGGACGGUGGUGAUGAUGAACCUGUUCUUGUUGUGAACCCUUGUAACAAAAAGGGCCUUGGUAUCUCAUCUGAUGUUGUAAGGGUGCAUAAGGUUAUAAGGAGGAAAGGGGCAUCUUGGAGAUCUGGUCAGAAGGUGAAAAUUGUUAAAGGGGCUGCAACUGGGUGCCAUAAAAACAAUAUAUAUGCAACCCUGGAAUAUAUCUUGCUCGAAGGAUUUCAAGGAGAUGUGGGUGGGGAGGCUCGCCUCAUUUGCAGGCCACUUGAUCUCCCUGAUGACAAAGGGACCUUACUUUCUGUUACUGAUGGAAAUGCCAGUUUAGAUAUUCGUGGCUCUAUUUCUAUUCCCAUUAGUGUGAUUGACAUUGGGAAGUUUGAAGCAAUUAACGAUGCUGAGUGGAAUUUUCAUCUCGAGAAACAACGUCAGAAAGCUCCUUCAACAAUUGACGUGCUGAAUGCUCAACAUUGUCAGCAGUUGGAGCUGGAUGGGGCAUUACCUGUUGGUGCUCCAGUUUGUGCUGGACAUAUUCCUCCUCGAGAAAUUGUUGCCGUUGUUAGGCCUGUUAAUUUUUCCUCCUUGAGUACCUCAAAAACUCUGGAUCAAAAAUAUAUUGUGAAGAUUGACCAAGAGAUGUAUAUGAAAGUCAAGUUUUCUUGUGAUGGUAAAGAUUGUGAAGAUGGUGAACAUAUUUAUGCUGAACGUGUACAACCUUCAUCACGGAAAGGAUUUCAUGGCUUAUAUAUCUUUUCACUUGAGAGCAAACUCCCGCUUUUUCAAAGAUCUGGUGUCUAUUCAUUUUCUUUUUCUGCUAACUUUCCUGGUUCUGGUGAUAAGAGGUGUGAGGAAAAGGUUAUCGUCAAAUCAUCUUCUAAGGUUGGGAAAUGGGAACUUGUAAAUGUUGAAAAGUUCCUUUCACAGGAUUUGAGUGUUGGUUCACGUCUUCCACCACUCUCUGUUGCUUGUUUUGAUGUGUAUGGCAAUCGUAUGCCAUUCACGUGUAUUCCUAAAGUGUUGGUCAAACUAGACAUGAAAGGAAGAUCACAAAUCCCUGUUGACAAAGUGAAGGUUGAACUCUCAUCCGAUAAAAUGACUUUAAAGGUCAAGGACAUGAUGAUUGAAAGUGGUGACAUAGACAAGGUUCGGCCUGAUUAUAAAUCAACCUUGGUAAUAAGUUCUCAGGAUGAGUUGUUCUUUUUCCGUGUCUCAUGUCAAGUUGCCCCGGGACCUUUAUGUCGUGUCAGGAUACAAUGCUCAAAUUUGGAUGGAAGCUUGCUUCCUGGGAAUGUGAUUGAUCAGAUUAAAUUAGAGAUGUUAGAUGCUUUUGGGAAUCAUGUCAAAAAGGGAUUGGAAAUUCAUGUAAAUGUUGAUGGUUUUUGUUUUCAAGACCGGGCAGGUCCACGGCGAAAGGUGGAUGAUGAAGGAUGUGUUGACCUUAGUGGCCUCUUGAGAGUUAGCGGGGGUUAUGGCAAAAAUGUGUCUCUUUCUGUUCACUUGGAUGAGAAGUUGCUAUUCAAGAAAGAGUUUCAUGUUGAGAAACGGGAGCUGAGAACUAUGUCUACUGUACCCGAAUAUUGUCCUGCUGGUUAUCAACUGAAAAAUAUUGUCUUUGAAGUUGUUGAUGCCAAAGGUGUUGUUGAUGAAGCUAUACAUGAUGAAGUAAAAUAUGGUCAAUCUCACACAUUAACAAUAAAAUCAGGGUCAUUGGAAAUAGAUGGUCCAGUACACUACACUUUUAGGCAUGGGAGAUGCACCAUUCCCGUUAUUAAGGUUCCUUCCGGACAAAAUGUCUUCCACUUUGAAGUUGCUCACUCUCAUCACCCUGAGCUCCAUAUGAACUUCAAGAUUCAUACUUUACAAGGUCCAAAAGUUGAGCCAAGUGAAGUCAUUGAAUCUCAUUAUUCAGAUGUAACGUUCCCACUCCUCCCAGAUUCAUCUCUUUAUGUUCCUAAGGAUAUUCAUUCCUUGGUGAAGUCCAUCAUAAAUGAUGAGAAGGAUCUUGAGAACGACGUUUUUAGAAUUGGCUUACGGAUUGGGAAUCAUGAGGAGAAGUUAAAAAUGCUCAAUGACAGGAAGACAGAAAUAGAGCAGGAUAUAUAUGAUUUACAAGGUGCUAUAAUGGAACCUAAGUUAUCUAACCAACUGGACUAUCUAGUGAAUGGGAAAGAGUUAAUAUCAAAGCGGAUAGAAAGAGAAGGUGAUACUGCUGCUGCUGUAAUCUGUAAUCUUUCAAAGACCAAUCAGUUUCUAGAAUCACAGCCUUACUUAAAGCAAGAUAUAGUUGGCAUUGUUGCUCUUCUUGGGACAGUCAAUGAUAUCACCAUUAGUAGGUUAUUUGCAGAAUAUUUGGGUGAAGAUCACAUGCUUGCAGUUGUUUGCAAGUCCUAUGCAGCGGCAAGUGUUCUUGAAAAGUAUGAAAAUGAUGGAAAAGUGGAUCGCAGACAUGCUCUUCAUGCAGCAGCUACAGAACUGGGGAUAUCAAUUAACCGCCGGUUUCUUGUCGUAUGCCUUGAGGGUAUAAGGCCUUAUACUGGGGAGUUUGAAAGCAAAAAUCCCCCGAGGAAGCUAGCCUUGCCGGAUCCACUUCUGCCGACUGGAGAGAUCCCACAUGGAUUCUUAGGGUAUGCAGUUAAUAUGAUCAACCCAGACAUUCAUUACUUGCAUAUAAGGACAAUUGCAGGACAUGGUCUUCGUGAAACUUUAUUCUAUCUACUUUUUGGUGAACUCCAAGUGUUUGAGACAAGGGCAGACAUGGAGCGAGCUCACUCCUGUAUAAAGCAUGGGGCCAUUUCUCUUGAUGGUGGGAUUAUGAAAGGCAAUGGUAUCAUUUCUCUUGGAUAUCGGGAACCAGAAGUAUGCUUUCCUGUUUUCAUGCCAGAAGAUCCAAUGGAUUUUGCUACAGACACAACCAUUGAAAAUCUGAGUCAGAUCGAAGAUAAAAAGUUGGAGUUGGUGUCAACUAAUGAUGAAUUAACAAGAGAAAGCAGAGCCCACGGCAAAGCAGUAAAGAAGUUCCAAAAGAAGAAAGAAUGGUACAAAAAACUAAUGGAUUACAAGGAGCCGCUGGUAAGGGGAACCCAGUUAGAGUACAAGCCCAACAACAUAAAGGAAGAGUACUAGGGAGUCUUGUCCCUGUUCUGUUUCAAUUCAUGAUUUUGUUGAUGUUGUACAGAGAUUUUGUAAGUAUCUCUUCCUGGUAAUUUUUGUACAUAACCUUAUUUAUGUUUUUAUUUGUAAAUAUAUACUUAUAUGAGCCCUCUGUGGAUUAAGUUGUGACUCUAGUUUA